GCUGUUCAAGCUCGGACUUUUCCCACAAGUUGGCUUGCUUUCUCUCCUUUUUCAUCUUCUUCAAUGUUCUCUCUCCUUUCUCCUCUUCUCUGGAAUAGUUGCCUGAUAGUUGUAGGGUUUUUUCCUCCUUAUCUAGUUGUGAAAUCUGAAGCCUAAAACCUAAUCUUACUUCAAGAUAUCAAGGAAAUAGGAUUUGAAAUCACCAAGAUUUGAAAUCAAUACAUGGAUAAACUGGAAGAAUCCUGCCUACUGAAACUCAUCCACCCGCCAGUGAUUUUGGUAUCGGUUUUCACUGAAACCGGUAUUUACCCACCCCUAAGUCCAAUACUUUCUUUGGCUUCUAUCCCACCAGAGACUCAAAGUGUUUUGAUCUACUAUUUAAACUGGGAAUUCGAGCUUUUUGCAACUUGCCCCCGCUCCUAGGAUCUAUAGGAGACUGUUGAACAUAUGUUUUAGUCCUGUCACAUUUCGGAAGCCACACUUGGCAACCUGCUCCCUGUUUUUUCAGCUCCACAGCAAGAAGUUUUAAACUUUGUGGAUUGGUUGCAUUUUAAUAUCAAAUGUUCUGUUAAGACUAACAUUUUAAAUCUCCGCUAGAAUACUUAUUCUGUUUUGCUUUAUAGGGGAUAUGGCUUCAUAGGAACUAAAAAGUUUAUGGGGAU